AUGGUGCUAGCAAUUUUAUUGCAAUCUUUCGGUUGCCUGUUAGUUCUGGUGCAAUACAGUCUGGCGUACAAGGACGAAGAGUAUUGCAGCAUCUGUAGGGAUCACGUAGCAUGUGGAAACAUUGAUGCAGUUCAUGGCGAUUGUUCCAAUUACGUUAACGUUAACCUAACUAUCCUCACGCAUUAUCAACUCCCUAUACUAGAUCGUGUGAAUGGUAUGCGGCAAAGGUUCGCGAUGGGUCAUCUGCCCGGUUUCAACGACACAUACGGUCCGAUGCAUUCCGUCACCUGGGAUCCGGAAAUGGCUGAUCUUUGUCGUAUGAAUCUCAACUCGUGCAACUUUGCCCACGACAAGUGUCGCGGUACGCUACGCUUCCCGUACAGUGGUCAAACGCUAGGUAAACUUACCAAGUGCGUAACGCCGACGAACACGAACGACCUUAAAAUACGCGUACUCCCGCAUGUUCUCCUGCAUCUGAUCGACCGUUGGUACUUGGAACACGAAGUAACCAAACCAUCGGAUGUCAAACAUUACUCUCAACAUUCGUCUUCCCGUAAGAUCCAGAUCGGACACUUCCUACAGCUAAUCAACUGCAAUGUGUGUCGUAUGGGCUGUUCAUUAAUAUCAUACCGGGAGCAUCGUAAACACUUAGUGUGCGAUACGUACAUCUUGUGCUGCAACUAUUCUUACAUCAAUAUAGUCAAUCGCCCAAUCUGCAAUAUUAAUCGGUACGAGAAGACAUGCAAAAAGAACAAUAAAUAUCCCGCCCUCUGCGAGUACUGUCACAUCUAG